CCGAAAUUUCGAAGUUCUACUCUGUUUAUUAUGGCAGAAAGUGGAAUUCGAUUAGGAUUUCUCCUACAUGUCUUUCUCUCUCCUUUUUUUUUUUUUUUUUUGGUCGAAAUUAGAAAACAAUUCAGUUUUUAUCCUACAACUUAAUGCAGAAAAUACCAGAAAACUAGAAAUGAAAUCAUUGGAAGGGCUGAGGCUCUACUUUUUUUGCUCCACUUUACUAUCUCUAUUCACACUUUGCACCUCAGCAGACACCAUAACACCAGAUCACCUCAUCACAGAUGGUACUACUAUAGUUUCAGCUGGUGGCAACUUUGAACUUGGAUUUUUCAGCCCUGGGAAAUCCAAGAAUCGAUAUGUUGGCAUUUGGUACAGCAAGAUACCAACUAAGGAUGUGGUCUGGGUUGCUAACAGAGAUACUCCGCUAAACAACACUUCUGGCAAGCUAUUGCUCAGAGACAAUGGGAUCCUAGUACUCCUAGAUGGUAGCAAAGAAGAACUCUGGUCAUCAAAUUCAUCAAUAUCCUUGAAAAAUCCAGUGGCUCAGCUUUCAGACACAGGAAAUCUUGUUGUGAGAGAGGGAAAUGACCAUACUUCCAAAAAUUCCGCCUGGCAGAGCUUUGAUUAUCCUGGUAAUACUUUGCUACCAGGCAUGAAGCUAGGCCGGAACUUAGCCACUGGUCAUGUCUGGUACCAGACCUCGUGGAAGAGCGCUGAUGAUCCUGCUGUAGGUGAAUACACAGAAAUGAUAAACAUUAAUGGAUUCCCUGAAAUUUUUGAGAUCAGAGGUGCAAACAAGUCUCCUCUUUAUAGGUCCGGGCCUUGGAAUGGAGAGAUGUUUACUGGCGUGCCUAAAAUUAAAGAUAAUCCCUACUAUACGUUUGAGUUUAUUAUGAAUGACACAGAGAUUUACUACACAUAUGAGCUUAUAGAUAGCUCAGUUCCUAGCAGGGUUGUAAUGAAUCCAACUGGCAUCAUUGAACGCUUAACAUGGAUUGAACGCACCAAAAGCUGGAUUGUUUACUUGACAGCACAGACAGAUAACUGUGAUCGUUAUGGGAUGUGUGGAGCUUUUGGCAAGUGCAAUAUCAACAGCUCCCCACCCUGUGACUGUCUGAAAGGAUUUAUCCCAAAAUAUCCACAAGAUUGGGAGGCAACAGAUUGGUCAAAUGGGUGUGUCCGGAGAACUCCUUUGGAUUGUGGGGAUGCUGACAGAUUUCUUAUAUACAGAGGUGUAAAAUUGCCAGACACACGCCAUUCCUGGUAUGACAGGAGCAUUGGCCUUGAGGAAUGUAAGGGAUUGUGCUUGAAAAAUUGCAGCUGUACGGCUUAUUCUAAUGUAGAUAUAAGAGAUGGUGGAAGUGGAUGCUUGCUCUGGUUUGAAAACCUAACUGAUAUUAAGGAGUUGGAUAAAGUUGAACAAGAUCUGUACGUGAGGAUUGCUGCAUCAGAUUUUGAUAUCUCUCAAAAUGGACAGAAGAAACAAGAGGUGAUGAAGAUAGUUAUACCGACAAUUUCAGGGAUACUUACUCUAAGCUUUUUGGUUUGGUUUGCACUAUAUAAAAGGAAAAGAGGAGCUGAGAUUGGCAAGGAAGACUAUGAUUUACCAUUAUUCACUUUGGAAACUGUAGUCUCUGCAACAAACAACUUUUCUUCUGAUAAUCUUAUUGGAGAGGGUGGAUUUGGACCUGUUUACAAGGGUAAGCUACCAACUGGAACAGAAAUAGCGGUCAAGAAGCUUUCUGAAAAUUCUGGCCAAGGUGUUAAGGAGUGGGAGAAUGAAGUGAGCAUAAUUGCCAAACUUCAACAUAGAAACCUUGUCACGCUUCAAGGUUGCUGCGCCGAUGAAGGACAAAGGAUACUAAUAUAUGAAUAUAUGCCAAACAAUAGCUUGGACUACUUCAUAUUUGAUGAGAGCAGAAAAAGAAUACUUACCUGGCAAAAACGCUUUGAAAUUGCUGUGGGAAUAUCCCGUGGACUCCUUUAUCUUCAUCAGGACUCCAGAUUCAAAAUUAUACAUAGAGAUCUGAAGGCGAGUAACAUAUUACUGGAUGCUGAAUUGAACGCCAAGAUUUCUGACUUUGGCCUUGCUAGAAUUGUAGGAGAAGAUGAUGCUCUGGCAAGAACAAAGAGAAUUAUAGGAACAUAUGGUUACAUGUCACCAGAGUAUGCUAUAGAUGGCAACUUCUCUGUAAAAUCAGAUGUUUUUAGUCUUGGAGUGAUUUUUUUGGAACUCAUUAGUGGAAGGAAGAACCGGACAUUUCAUCAUUCAGAUCAUCACCACAACCUUCUGGGUCAUACAUGGCUAUUGUGGAAUGAUGGUGACCCUAUAGAACUAAUGGAUAAUUGUGUGAAAGACUCUUAUGUGGAAUCUCAAGUGCUAAGAUGCAUUCAUGUAGCUCUUCUUUGUGUUUCGAAACUACCAGAAGACAGACCAACAAUGGCAUCAGUAGUUUUCAUGUUGGAGAAUGAGGAAGUGGCUUUACCUCAACCUAAAGAGCCAGGUUUCUUUGUGGAAAGGAAUUCAACUGAAGCAUCUUCCAAAAAUGUGGAAAUAUACCACUCUGAAGUUGCAAAGAUGACAUUCAGCAUUCUUGAACCUAGAUAAAAACAACAUAUAAUUUUUUGAGUGGGUACAUAACCAAAAUGGACACUUUAAGAUUAAGAUUAAGAUUGUAUCUCUCCAUAUCAUUUCAUCUUAUCCAACAGAGUGCAAUUUUUC